AGCUGGCUCCAACUGACCAAUCAGAGGACUCCCAGUCGGCAAACUACAACUUCCGGCAUGCUUCACGGUGCUGACGUGCCACAGGGAGCCACCGAGGAGGAAGUGGAGAGGGAGAAGCAGACUGCAGAAAUGUUGAAGGCGGUCAUCUUAAUUGGGGGACCCCAAAAGGGUACCAGGUUUCGCCCUUUGUCUUUCGAGGUUCCCAAACCUCUGUUUCCUGUAGCCGGAGUCCCCAUGUUACAGCAUCACAUUGAGGCCUGCAGCAAGGUGCCCAAUCUGAAGGAGAUCCUACUGAUAGGCUUUUACCAGCCAAAUGAAGCCCUCAGCCGUUUCUUGGUCACAGCGCAGCAGGAGUUUAAAGUUGCCAUCCGGUACCUGCAGGAAUAUUCAGCUCUGGGCACUGGUGGCGGCAUAUAUCACUUCCGGGACCAGAUCCUCUCCGGGGGGCCACAGGCGUUCUUUGUCAUGAAUGCGGAUGUGUGCUCAGAGUUCCCUCUCCUUCAGAUGCUGGAGUUCCGGAAGCAGCAUGAAGACACACACAGUUACAUCAUGCUGGGGACAACGGCCAACAGGACACAGUCCCUGAAUUAUGGCUGCAUUGUGGCAAACACAGAGACUCAAGAGGUAAUGCAUUAUGUGGAGAAGCCCAGCACCUUUGUCAGUGACAUCAUAAACUGUGGGAUUUACCUCUUCUCGCCAUCGAUAUUUCAGCACAUCGCAGAAGUUUUUCAGCGCAAUCAGCAGGAUGUACAGCUUUGUUCCUGCAUCAGUGAGGAGAACUCGAGCUGGCAGCGGGCUGAAGUUAUUCGCCUGGAGCAGGACGUGUUCACCGCUCUUGCUGGAAGGAGCCACCUGUAUGUCUAUAAAACAGAUGGGUUUUGGAGUCAGAUUAAGUCAGCAGGUUCGGCCAUUUAUGCCAGCCGUUUGUAUCUGAGCCAGUACCAUACGACACACCCCGAGAGGCUCGCCCAAACCAACGAGGGAGGACCGACGAUCCUAGGAAAUGUGUACAUUCACCCGACAGCCAAGGUUGAUUCAUCAGCUGUGCUGGGUCCAAACGUGUCUGUUGGAAUGGGAGUGACGAUAGGCGCUGGAGUUCGGGUGCGAGAGUCUAUUAUCUUACAUGGUGCUACACUGCAGGAUCACAGCUGUGUAUUGAAUACCAUCGUGGGCUGGGACAGCAGCAUUGGACGCUGGGCUCGAGUGGAAGGGACGCCCAGUGACCCCAAUCCUAAUGACCCCUAUGCCAAAAUUGACAGCGAGACCCUGUUCAGGGAAGGGAAGCUCACACCGUCUAUAACUAUUCUGGGCUGUAAUGUGUCAAUCCCCGCAGAAGUCGUCAUAUUAAACUCCAUCGUCCUGCCGCACAAAGAGCUGAGCCGCAGCUUCAAGAAUCAGAUUAUUCUGUAAUCGGGGCGAGACACCAGAAUUUUCUGCUCACAGGGGGCCAGGAGAACUGUCUGUGUUCUGGGUCAGAACAUGAGCUGUCCCCCAUAGCAAUCAUACUGAGAUUUAUAUUACAGCAGGAAGAUAUGACCCGGACCUGCUAGGGUUUUCUCAGCCUUUAGGCACAUGGUCCCUGGAGCCCCCCCCCCCGUCACAAACAAGACUGCCACCAAGAGAUUAUGUACAGUGCUGGAGGUGGCUCACUGACAACUUAACCCCCAGGGCAACCCACC